AGACGUUCGUCUUUUCAUUCGUUCCUCAGAUAAAAUGGAGAUGAACAAUGUUGCUGUCAAGGAGAUGGAUGUGGAUCAUAUAAAUGAAGAUGAGACCCCCGUUGAGCUGGACUUGGAGACGGCCCUGGAGGAAUGCAACGUCGCCCUGCAUCUGUUUCUGAACAACCGCUUUGCAGACGCUUUGAGUUCACUGGAGCCGCGAAAGAGCCACAAUAUGUAUCACGCUAUGGGCUACAGCAGCAUCUUACUGAUGCAGGCUGCUAUGACCUUUGACCCCAAGGACAUGGAUGUUGCCAUGGAGUCACUGAAGGAAGCUCUGCACACCUGCCAGAGAUUUCAGAGGAAAACUGGAAUAAUGGAGAGCUUAGCCAGCUUUUGGCAUGGGCAGCCUGUUGAUAAUCUGACAGAAGAGGAGAUGCACGCUGAGCUGUGCUACGCCGAGGUCCUGAUGCAGAAGGCGGCGCUGACGUUCCUGGAUGAAAGCAUCAUCAGCUUCAUCAAAGGAGGGAUGGGAAUGAGGAACAGUUAUCUCAUUUACAAGAACUGCCAGGCUAUGGAAAACGCAAUAGAAGAUGGAGAAAAGGAGAGGAGCACACAUAUUCAUUUCCGAGGUGGAGUCAACAUGGGCAUCGGAUCAUUUAAUCUGAUCCUGUCCAUGCUUCCAUCCAGAGUCCUCAGACUCAUGGAGUUUCUGGGAUUUUCUGGAGACAGGGAGUUUGGCUUGUCUCAGCUGAGAGAGGGGGCAGCCAGUAACAGCCUGCGCUCCAUCCUCAGCACCUUGACUCUCCUCAUGUUCCACCUCUACAUGAGCGUCAUUCUGGGUACCGGUGAAGGAAACCUCGCGGAGGCUGAAGCUCUGCUCAAACCGUACACCGACAAGUAUCCCAACGGAGCCCUGAUGCUCUUCUUCAUGGCCAGGAUCGCUGUGCUGAAAGGAAACUUCACAUUUGCUCAAGAGAAAUUUCUGGCCUGCAUAGCGACUCAGGAGGAAUGGCGUCAGAUCCACCACCUCUGCUACUGGGAGCUGAUGUGGUCGUACUCCUUCGAGCAGAACUGGACCGAAGCGUAUCGAUACGCCGACCGCCUCUGCAAGGAGAACAAGUGGUCACAGGCCACAUAUGUAUUUCAGAAAGCCGCCAUCUUAAGCAUGCUGCCGGAGGAGGAAGUUGCCAAGACGGGAGAAAACGUCGUGGCGCUAUUCAGGCAGGUGGAUGGCCUCAGAUUAAGAAUAGCUGGAAAAUCGAUUCCAACAGAGAAGUUUGCUGCCAAGAAGGCCCAGAGAUACGUGUCGCCGAAGCCCCUGAAGCUCGUGGUUCCUGCUUUAGAAAUGAUGUACGUAUGGAACGGCUUCACGGUAGUCGGCAAGCGACCGGAGUUAACCGAACGCAUCUUACUGACUCUGGAGGCGGCAGAAGAGCAGCUGAGGAACGAUCCAGGUCCGGCAGAGUUUCACACGGACGACGUGUGUGUGGUCCAGAUGCUGAAGGGUUUGUGUCUGACGCAGCUGGGGCGGCUGGUUCAGGCGGAGAUCUGCUUCAACUUUGUCAUCUCCAGUGAAAAGGACAUCAAGCAUGACACCUACCUGGUGCCAUUUACCAUGUAUGAGCUGGGUUUACUGCACAAGCUGAAAGGGGACUUUAAUACGGCCAUCACAGUUAUUGAAAAUGCAAAGAUGAACUACAGAGACUACAGCAUGGAGUCCAGGCUGCACUUCCGCAUCCAUGCAACGCUCAACACCAUGGGCUCCUUUGAGGCCAAACUUCCUCCUUCUCGUACGCCGGCUUGAAAGACCAGGAGAAAAUUGGACCUAACAAUAUUUUAAACGCAUCUUUGUCAACUCUGAAUGUUUUCGCUUUUUUUGUUUGUUGUUGCAGCAAGUCUUAGAGUUUCGCUUAUAUGUAAUUUAUACAUUUUUAACUGUAAAAAUCUUAUUUAAUGCAGUGGACCCUUGUAUAUUUGUGGUCAGAAUUCCCUAUUCACAAAUGUUUCUAGGACUCCUUGAGGAAAAUUCAGCUAUUUACACAUUUUUUUGAAGAGCAUGUCUAAAAUAUUCCAAAAGAAAAUAAAAAAUCUUGGGAAGCUGUGGAUGCUGGCUGAUACACUAUUGAGUGCUGUUUGCAAAGCAGCCAAUCCAGGAGUGCCACUAAUUUUCCUUGAUGCUGAUUGGCUGAAUCCCAAAGAGUGUAGAUAAGGAUGCUAGUUUCUGCAGUAGCGCUAACAUAGUUUCCAGUGUGUGUAUUCAUGCCUUUAUUUGUGACUGUAAGGCAGUGAAGUGUUUUAAAAAUGACAAACUGUGGAAAAACUGUGGAGCUUUUCCUGCAUCUUUAAGUCUUUUCUUUAAGAUGAGUUAUUAUUCAGGUUGCUGAUCAAUUCAGGGCUGAAACAAUUAAUCGGAAUAAUUGUCAUGAUUUCAUUGUAUUGUAUUGUGAUAUUGUAAUAUUGAUUAUUGUAAUUUGCUGAAAGAGAACCAUACUCAGUACAGUGAACUUACGACAAUAGACUCAUGUCAUAUCAGUCAAUAUCAAUACUUAUUAACUAGUUUUUUUUUUUGUUUUAAUAAUCUGAAAAGCUGCCAAACUGAUAGUGUGACCUUUCCUGUUUUAUCCAGUUUUCACUCCUCCCUAUUGUUUUUUAUUUUUGAGCAGUUAUGAAGCAUGAAGGCAAAAACUUAAACUGCUGCUGUGCGAUUUACUCAUCAGGUCGUUGCUGGGUAACCAAAGAGCGAGUGAGUUAGUUGAUGCCACCAACCUGAGCUUAGCUAGCUAUGAGGUUGAGCGGCUGACGCUUUUCCUCUGCCUACAUCUACCAGAAUGCUGUGCUGUUCUGGAUCAGUGUUUAGUGAAUAUUGAUUAUUCUAUCAGAUGUCCUAUUGAUAUUGAUCAUGUGUUUGUCCCAAGAUGUGGCCUGAUCUAGCUUUGAAAAGGGGUGAAAAGCUAGAUCAGGCCA